AUGGAGCCAGUGGACGAUUCACAGGCUCCAAGCGAAUCCUUGCAGACCGUUCCCAUUUACCAACUUGACGCGUCUUCCUCUGACAGUGAUUCUGAUGCUCCGAGACGCAUCGAGACUACUGCAGGGCCUAUACCACAACUAGUUCAAUCUCAUAGGCUUCCUGUGAUGCCCCCGCAACGUUCGUACACGAAUCCGCUUCCUCACCAUGAACGGCAACCAUCGGAACUAUCAAUGGCCGCGGAAUCAGUACAGACCAGACCGAGUGUUGACGAAGACUUGUUUGCAGAAGACAGUACCAGCGAAGAAGAGGAAACUCCAACAACCAGAAUAGAUAUUCCGUCAGGUCCUGUAUUGGUCGCGAGUCCUACGCCAACUUAUGAAACUCGUAGUACAAGGGACGUCCCAGAAACCCCUGCAAGAGUAGAAGGGCGCAGUCUGUCGCCUUCCAUGUUGAAUGAGCCUCGACAUGAUUUGACACGGGAGAAUGUAGAAAAAGGAAUACAUCGAAAAAGUCCGGAACAAUUACAAGUACCAAAAGGAUACGUGCCAAAAGAGAACGUCAAAACGCCAGAGAAACAAUCAUUCAGGGAACGAGAAAGAGAGCAACGUCGUUCAAGGGACGAGACGUAUCAUCAUCACCGUGAGUCUUCGGAUCUCUUACCGUUGACCCUUGUCUCUGAUAGAGGGGGAAGUGGGCUAUCGUAUUCAACUCAUUACGCUUUUCUUUCCCCACCGUUUGGCCGGGUUCUAACUCGCACUCAAAUAAUGGCACGAGUCACGUGGUUUUCCCAACUAGUAAUAUUCAAUAUUGUAUAUGCAUGUUAUAAACUGAGUGGAGGAUCUUCAUCAACGGCCGAUGGAAAGAAUUACACGUCCAAUCUAAUUGGAUUGGUGAUUUUACCAAUGAUCUUUUUCAUUCUAUACAUCGUAUUCGUAACGGGAUGGACAUACAGAGAUCUUAAGAAAAAAGGAUUUGACCCUUCAUUCACGGUCAUAUAUUAUUCUCCGUUGAUGUUCUUUGCAUUAUUCUUCGAUGAAAAGAAGCGUGUCGAUGUCUCCAAAUUUCACGAAGUCAACUAUGGCGCAAAAUGGUGGCGAAUCGGAACCAGCGGCGUUAGGGAAAGCAUCAUAAUGACCGUUUACUGCUUAUUCGUGGUUGCGUUCGUCAUAUCGGAUCUCGUCGGUAGGGCCUUAAAUCAACCUAACGCCCAAGUUUCAAAAGUGUUUGAUGAUUUCGUGCCCUUUCUUUUCAUGUUGGUCGUAUUCACACUGGGAUUCAUAACGUCUAUCUGGGUGGUCGUAGAAGCGCUCGUAACUGGUUCCAUGCAUGGUAGUGGGGAAGGACGAAAGAAUAUGGUCGGUGUGGCACCAAAUGCCUUUAAAACAAAAAGAGGAUAA